AUGGUGAAAAUUCCUCUUCCAAGUUUGAUAUUUUCUUUGGAGCCGAUUGGGUGGGACACUCUGGUGUUUCAGAAUGCAUCUGCGAUAGUAACCAAAGAAAUCAUAUAUGCUGCUUCAUCAGAUUUUGUUCAUGUUUGCCUUCUUAACACCAACACUGGUACACCUUUCAUAUCAGUGUUGGAGCUUAGUUUUCUUGACUAUGAUGUCUAUCUUUUAGCUCUCUGGACCUCUUGGCUAGGCAUGAUCUUGGGCUGCUGGAUGGUGAAUAGUCAGGAAAUAGGAUCAAUAUUCCCUGAUGACGCAUAUGAUCGAAUAUGGACACCUUAUAACACAAAAGACUGGAAACAGAUAAAUACCUCACUCCCUGUAGACCAAGGAUCAACAUCAUCUGGUUUAAUGAAUUACCCACCAUCCAUUGUCAUGAGAUCAGCAGCAACUCCAGCUAAUGCCGGCAACAACAUGGAAUUUAACUUUCUUCCUGGUUACAAUGCCUCCACAUUAUAUGCAUACAUGUACUUUGCUGAAAUCCAGAAACUCCAAGAAAAUCAAACCAGGCAAUUUGACAUUUUCGUGAAUGGAGGCCUUCUCAGUGCUGAUAUCAGUCCUUUCUACCUUAGAACCAUUUAUUAUUUGGCUGUAAAACCUGAACCUUGGCUCAAUAUUUGGCUCAAUAGAACGGAGAGAUCAACUCUUCCUCCUCUUUGCAAUGCCAUAGAGAUAUAUGUGGAAAAGAAUCUCUCACAAACACAAACACAGGAAACAGAUGUUGAUGCAAUCAUGAACAUCAAGUCAUUUUAUGGGAUUAAGAGAAACUGGCAAGGAGACCCUUGUACUCCACAGGCAUACUUGUGGGACGGUCUUAACUGCAGCUAUGAUGGAUCUGGCCCACGAAGGAUCACAUCCUUGAACUUAUCCUCUGGUGGAUUGACUAGAAACAUAGCUCCAGACAUAUACAAUUUGAAGUCCAUUGAGUAUUUGGAUUUGUCAGACAACAAUUUAGUUGGAGAAGUACCUAGUUUCCUGGCUCAACUGCAAUUCUUGAAGGUUCUAGACCUAGAAGACAAUAAGCUAUCAGGAACAAUUCCAUCAGAACUUAUAGAAAAGUCAAAGAAUGGAACACUUAAACUAAGCUUUGGUGGAAAUCCAAAUCUUUCAAUGUAAGCCGAUGUAAUAUUCAACAUGACAUGGAGAAGAGGUCCAAGGAGAAGAGAUUGAAGCUAAACCCAGGUGGAGACAAGUGGGGUGUCUAGAAUGUUUCAUAACAGAUUCCUAUGUUAUAGUUUCCUACUGUGUCCUUAUUUUCCUAUUUUGAUGGUUUCUAUUUUUUCUAGUCAAGAGUCAAAAGUCUUUAGUUUACCGUUUUUAAUAAUUGUAUUUCUUGAAGUGAAAGACUUGCUAAAGUUAUGUAUGAAUUAAUCAGGAGAAUAAUCAAAAUAUAAUAUAU